CAAACCUGCACGGAUAUUUUUAGACUUGCACUGUUCAGAACAAAAACACUACUAUGGGAAAGUUAUUCCAGUAUAAUGUCGGUAUCCUAAUAUGUUGGGCUCUGGUGCUGAUGGACAUAGCAGCAGAGCGAGAGUACUUUAUCCCAGAUGGAAAUCUCACCUGGGAUGGUGCCAGAAACCACUGCCAGAUCUGCUUCAAAGAGCUGGUGACUCUGACCCCAGACAACAGCCAGCUCAUCACUCAGAGGCUCAACUCUGAGCACUGGAUUGGCCUUCGAAAGAACUUGAACUCAUCCGACAACUCCAGUAUGUCCUGGGCCCAUUGGGCCAAUGGGGAUCCCCUUUUCUUCCAGAACUGGUACCCUGGUUGGCCAGUGUUUAAAUCUCCCCCUCCAAAGAUAGAUUGCUGCAGCUGCUCAUGCACAUGUCCAAUAAAUACACCUACAGAGACGAUGAGCAUCACCCCAGUCACAGAAAACACAACAGACUUUUACCUUUCUAAUGAAAGUGCGUCCAGUCUCUGGGAUUCCUUCACCAGUGGUUACACCACAUCUGGAUUGCCUUUGAAGAUGGAAUCAGAAUGCGAGCGAUCUCCGAUGCCGGUUGUCCUGGAAACCAAUAAAAGUGAAAGUUAUAUUGAAGACUCCUGUGUGGCCAUGCUCAGCUUUGGACCUUGGGUUGAAAAGAGCUGCUUGGAGCUUCUGCCUUACAUUUGCUUUGAAGAUCGCUUUCUUGGCCAAGUCAAUGUGACUAAUGUGACAUUGACCACAGCCACUCUGGCAUGGCUGCCCGGGCCUGGUGACAUCACCUAUUACCGUGUGGAGAUCCAAGGUGAUGUGGAGCGGAAGUACAAUCUGAGCUCUUUGAUUCAUGAUGUUGUUAACCUGACCUCAGGUGGAUUCUAUAAAGUCCAGGUAUUUCCUGUAAAGUGUAAGCGAGACCUCAACCCACAGAACUCAACUUUCUACACCGUGCCCAACAAAGUCACAGAUCUUAACGUCAUCCACGUGACAAAUACUUCUGUAACUCUGAGCUGGAAUAAACCAGAAGGGAAAAUGAAUUUCUAUCUUGUUAAAUAUGAUGGUAAAGAGAUUAAACUGGAGACGCAGUUGGAUGUGAAUACAACCAUAAAUGGUUUAAUACCUGGGGGCCUUUACACAUUCACCGUCCAGACUAGAGUCCAAGAUGAGUCCAGGCGGAGUGAAGAAUCAAACAUCACAACAAAUACCAAGCCUGGCAAAGUGUCCAGUCUGAAAGUAUCACUCUAUACCAAUAGAUCAGCACUGCUUACCUGGACUGCACCUGAGGGAAACUUCACAGGCUUCAGGGUGAAAGUCACGAAUGCAAAUCUUAACAGGACGAACAACAGCGAAGUGGGCCAGGAUAAACGUGAUGUGCUAGAAGAAAAUCUGCCAGACGGCAGCAAAAUAUGUUUUUCUGUGAGAACACUGGUCAAUUACACAUCAUCAUCAUCCCUGAAUUACACAGUACUGGCCUCGGAGGGAGACGAAGAGACCACUGUCAUCUACACUGCUCCUGGACCAAUUUCAAACCUCUUAUUGAGCACAGACGAAAAAUCUCUUACUGCCAGCUGGAGUCCUCCCAAUAGCAAUUAUUCAUCGUUCAUUGUUGAGCUCAAGUUGGAUAAUGUACCAACAGACACAACAAACACAAACGAGACAACAAACACAACGGUGACGUUUUCUGAAUUGAAGAAUUCAGCCAGUUACACUGUGAAGGUCUCCGCUUCCUUUGAAAAUGUUAGAGGCCCGUCAGUAAAAAACUCCACAUAUACAUUGCCUUCUCCUCCUACUAACCCCAUAGCCAUUACCAUCACUUCCAACUCCAUUACCUUUGGGUGGAAUGCCCCCGUCAACUCAGCAACACCCCUUUAUCAUGUCAAACUAAACUCGACCAUCUGGAAUUACAACACAAGUUAUGACAUCAACAGCUCAACUAACUAUACAUUUACAAACUUAACCUCAGGAACCAAAUACCAAUUUUCAGUGUCUGUGCUGGCUGGAGGGAUGGAAAGUAACCCAGCAACAUGUUCUGUGAAAACAGUUGCAAAUAAAGUGAAUAUCACUCUGGCUAUGCUGUGCUCUUCAGUACAGCCACUCCUUUGUGGCGAUGAAACCUCGAUGACAAAAGUACUGGCUAAGUUAAAAGAAUAUUUCACCACCAGACUGGGUGACAGCAUUGAGUGGACGCCCCCACAGUGGAAAAAUCCUGGCACGUAAGGUGCAACAUUUUUUUUUAUAUUAUAUUGUUGAAGUACCUUGACAUUAAAGUUUUGUUUCUUUGGUUUUUUUGUUCAUUUUCAUUUUAAAGAUCUGUACUGAAGCAAAGAAAAAAAACAUUAUUUGCUGUUUUAUGAUGAGUCACAAAAAGUUAUUUAUGUACAUGUUGACUGACCUUUGCUUUUUUCUAUACAAAAAAGAGCUGUAUGUCUAGUGUGCCUACUAUAAUUGUUUGGUUUUAAUGUUUUAAUAAUAAUAAUAUUACAUUUUAUUUAAAAUGCCUUUUGAGUCACUCAAGGACACUGUACAAUAUAGAAGAAACAAUAGAAUAAAAAACAGUUUUUUUGGCUUUUCCUCUAGUUUUUCCCACACAUAUUGCCAUUUCUUAAUACAUAUGAUAUUCUUUGGUCACUUUGUGCAAGAGCAUGUGCUAAAUGUAAAACUGAAACAUCUGUGUGAAAAUUUUAAUAAUACUAUGAAGCUGAAAGUUGAUCUUGUUUUCUCUGACUUUAUAAAUGACAAUAAAAUAAAAGUUUGUGCUGUGUUUAAUGAA